GGUGACUCACCCACGCGACUAGUGCUCGACGUUCUGAUGAUGCAACCUCCGAGCCAAGGAAGCCUCUGGUGCACAUUGGAGUGACAAGGCGGCGGCUUGUUGGAGGCUAUGUCCUUGGAUGUGACCAGGGCGACCGCAGGGAUGGUGCUAGCAGAGCUAUAUGUUUCGGAUCGAGAGGGAAAUGACGCCACAGGUGAUGGAACCAAGGAGAAACCUUUUAAAACAGGCUUGAAGGCUUUGAUGACAGCUGGAAAAGAACCAUUUCCUACCAUUUAUGUAGAUUCACAAAAAGAAAAUGAGAGGUGGGAUGUUAUUUCUAAGUCACAGAUGAAGAACAUCAAGAAAAUGUGGCACAGGGAACAAAUGAAGAGCGAAUCCCGGGAGAAAAAAGAGGCGGAAGACAAUUUGCGAAGAGAAAAGAACCUGGAGGAAGCAAAGAAGAUUACCAUUAAAAACGACCCAAGUCUCCCUGAGCCAAGCUGCGUGAAAAUUAACGCAUUAGAGGGAUAUAGAGGCCAGAGAGUAAAGGUGUUUGGCUGGGUGCACAGGCUGCGCAGACAAGGAAAGAAUUUGAUGUUUCUGGUGUUGCGGGAUGGGACAGGUUAUCUUCAGUGUGUCUUGUCAGAUGAGCUGUGUCAGUGUUACAAUGGAGUCCUCUUGUCCACUGAGAGCAGUGUUGCGGUGUACGGCAUGCUGAAUCUUACCCCAAAGGGCAAGCAGGCUCCGGGGGGCCAUGAGCUGAGUUGUGACUUCUGGGAGCUGAUGGGCUUGGCCCCUGCGGGCGGGGCAGAUAACCUGAUCAAUGAAGAGUCCGACGUGGACGUGCAGCUCAACAACAGACACAUGAUGAUCCGAGGAGAAAACAUGUCCAAGAUCCUGAAAGCACGUUCCGUGGUCACCAGGUGCUUUCGAGAUCACUUCUUCGACCGGGGGUACUGCGAGGUCACUCCUCCAACGUUAGUGCAGACACAGGUGGAAGGCGGCGCUACACUCUUCAAGCUGGACUAUUUCGGGGAAGAGGCGUUUCUGACUCAGUCCUCUCAGCUGUACCUGGAGACCUGCCUCCCAGCCCUGGGAGACGUUUUCUGUAUCGCACAGUCCUACCGUGCAGAACAGUCCAGAACACGAAGGCACCUGGCUGAGUACACUCACGUGGAAGCUGAGUGCCCUUUCCUGACCUUCGAGGACCUCCUGAACCGACUGGAGGACUUGGUUUGCGACGUGGUGGAUCGGGUCCUGAAGUCGCCCGUGGCAAGCAUCGUGUAUGACCUCAACCCGAACUUCAAGCCCCCCAAACGGCCUUUCAAGCGAAUGAACUAUUCAGAUGCGAUUGUGUGGCUGAAAGAACACAAUAUUAAGAAAGAAGAUGGAACUUUCUAUGAAUUCGGAGAGGAUAUCCCAGAAGCUCCUGAGAGACUGAUGACAGACACCAUUAAUGAGCCAAUCUUGCUGUGUCGAUUUCCCGUGGAGAUCAAGUCCUUCUACAUGCAGCGAUGUCCUGAGGAUUCCCGCCUGACUGAAUCUGUUGACGUGUUGAUGCCCAAUGUUGGCGAGAUCGUGGGGGGCUCAAUGCGUAUCUGGGAUAGUGAAGAAAUACUGGCCGGUUAUAAAAGGGAAGGAAUUGACCCCACUCCCUAUUACUGGUAUACAGAUCAGAGAAAAUACGGCACAUGUCCUCAUGGAGGGUAUGGCUUGGGCUUGGAACGAUUCUUGACCUGGAUUCUGAAUCGGUAUCACAUCCGAGACGUGUGCCUGUAUCCUCGAUUUGUGCAGCGCUGCAAGCCAUAACCAGCUCCCCCUGAAGUGACAAUGGAAAAUAAAUACAAGAACGGGACAGACUGCUUCUUUAUAAGAAACAAAAAGCCAAAAUCUUCCCAUUUGUAUUCCCUCGCAGUGUAUCUGUUUUUGCUUCCUAUUCCUACUACCACAAAAAGUAAUCAGAAUGACUUGGAAUAGCAAGUGAUAGUGAUGGUAAUCGUUUUUAGAAAAAAAAUAUUCACUACAAAGUUUGGGGUUCCCUGACACUGAUAAAUACAUUUCAGCAUUUUCUCCAAAUACUGGUUUGAUUUUUGUGCCAUGUGUAUGCCAUAUAUAAUUAAACAGUUUGAAUUACGAUCUAAGACAUUCCAGUAACUUCAUCUUCUCUCCUUAUGCGUGUAACUGGAAAUCUUUUAAUUUAUAACACUUAAUUGUAUCAGUGAGUUAACACAAACCUCUUGGAGGGAAAAUGACAAUAUCAUGUAAAAACCUGCUAGGAUUAGAACAGAUAUAAUUCACAUGAAUACAGUCUUUUGCAUCCAUUAUUAGUCUUUUCUAAGUCUUCAUAGCUGCUUAUAAGUCUUGGGCAUACACAUUGAUGUGAAAGAAUUAGUGAAACUGGAAUGGCCUUACUUUGAAAUGAGAGCAUCUGGUGGGUGGGCAUUUUGAUGAACAGCAUCCUUCCAGGCAUUAGUUUAAGCUAAAGAGGCAGACUGAUCUUCUCUCUUUCCUUGUAGCUUCUAAGUAAUUAAGAAUAAAUAAGUUCCAGAAGAUUUGCAGCUGGAAUCUUAAUGGCAACUGUAAGUGACUACUGGACUCAUCUGCACUGUGUCCUCAGAUCUAAUCUCUGCUACCUUAUUAACUCUGCAGGCUUACUGAAUGACUUCAUUUAAGAUUUGGUUAAUUUCCCCCAAAAAUGCAUGUCAUGUAUUCUCAAUAGGCUGUAUUCCCAGCAAUCAAUAAAUGGACACACUCAAAAUUC